AUCGGAAGCGUUGAGAAAAUUGAUUAAUUCCGUAAGGACAGCAGAUGAUCCUACAUGGUUAUGCUGUCUACCUUUGUAUCAUUUUUUGUGUGGAAAACUCAGACCAUUUGAAGAAAUUGCACUCAAUGAUGCCCAUAAUGCAAGAAAACCUGUGUGGUGGGGAAAAGAAGAAGUUGUAGUCGAGAUGGAUUAUUUGAAAGGAAAAACAAAAUGGAGUGUAGAACCUAUGGUUAUAUUGAAAAAGUUGGAACCCAUGUUUGAAAUGGACUUUUACCUACCAAGGUCUUUUAUGGCUGUAUUAAAAUUGGACAAAUUAGAAGUUGUGAAAUCCAAAGCAUUGCCACCUGAAGUCACUUUGGCUGGGCUUUAUUAUUUCUUCAAUACAGAGUAUUUUUUAGAUGGAGAUGCAAAUCGAAAGAUGAUGUAUGCUUGCCUUGAAGUUGUCACAUCACAGCUUAGAGAAUACUGUGAUAAAAAUGCUGAAGAAAUCUCUAAGAACAUGUUAAGCAGUGCCUACUUGUCUGUAAAGAUUGGUGGUGAUUUGGUCUAUAUAGCAUACACAAAACAUCAGAGAGAGACUGGAUUGAUGGCCAGAACGGUUGAAGCUUAUAUGGUGUCUUUAGCUGCAUUUGAGAUAUUGGUGACAAAAGAUUGUGAAAUUGCAAAGAACUUUAAGAAAAAAGAUUUUCAUUUAACAUCAAUGGAGGAUAAAAGAAAGUGGAUUGGUUGUUGGUUGGAUAGAUACAAUUUUUACUACACAGUGAAGGAAGAUUUAAAGGUAUGGGAUCGAGUUUUAUCAAUUGAACUUUCUGAUGGAACUGCAGUGAGAAAUGCUCUACUGAGUGAAUUGAAAAAAAAUUUGCUGUUGACUCUUGAUAGAAAGACAUCAUCAACAAAAGAAGACUUGGUGGAAAUAUAUUGCAGUGGAGCAGAAGAAUUCAAUUCAACUGUGCAAGAAAUUCUUGGAAACUAUGCAUUUCAGGCACUUGAGAAAGGAUACAUAUGUGAAGACAGGAUUAUGAGUGGUCCAGGAGCAACAAGAUAUGGCAGCAUGUUGUCACGCCUUUUUGAAAGAUCUUGGGAGAAACAUCACCUGUCAGAAUCAAAUCCAAGACCAAUUCUGAAGUUCACAUUGUCAUGGAAACCUUUUGUUCAUUUUCUUGAAAUGCUUUAUCAAAAUAAGAAAUCGAAUGUUUUGACUGGUGAUUGUCAGAUCCAUUUCACUCAAGCAGCAACAUUACUGAAGGAGAUGCUGAACAAACUGCUUACAGGGACAAUGUGCAUCGGAGACAUUGAAAUGAUAAAUGAAUACGUGGACUCUUUUUUGCGCACAAACAGUGUUAUUUGGAAGAGUGAAAAGAAGGAAGACUUGGAUCAAACCCUUGUGAGAGAAACAUUGGUUUUAAGAUGUAAAGAAAUCAGGAAAUUUCAAGAAAUUCAAACAUAUGUUGGUGUCCUGGUUCACAUGUGUCAGCACUUCCCAGUGGACCUGGCAGACAUUGAUAGGCAGAUGGAAAAGUUGUCACAUCUAGAUGACAAAAUGUUGUGUGAAGUCUGCAAACCAGCUAUCAUUGAGAAAGUGUCUGACCUGGAGGCUUAUGAUCCAGUGGUGAUAGCCUUCAAGAUGUCUCCUGACAUGCAGGCAGUGUUGCAAGAUCUGAAACGGGUAUCCCAGGGAUCUCUAUUUUUGAAUAUGUGGACUAAACAAGGAAGGUUGGAAGAGACCAAAAAAGGAAGUCCUCUGACUGUUGAUGAAGUUAUGGAAAACGUUUGGCAGUCUGUACACCCAGCCUGGAUCAGACUUAGCAAGCGUAUUGCUAAAGGAGACAUUACUUUCAAGGAAUUUCAGGAUCACUUCAGAUAUGUGUCAAUUGAUAACUUGGAAGAGCAGUUAGAAUACUUAGCUGUAGGCAAGAGGGAUUGGAUUCAAGAACGAUUACGUCAAGUCCAUCAGCACCGAGAACUAGAGCAGUGUGUCAAUGGUGCCAACGUCAUUCUGAGAGUUGUCAGAGAAUAUGACUUAAAGGGCAAUUUUGAACCCAUUGAGAUGAUCGUGAAAAUGGUGCAAGGAACGGGCUUGGAUUCCAAAAUGAAUGCGUUUAACACCUCCUUGAUAGUUGCGUGUGACAUCUUGAAGGGAAUAGGAGAGGAAGAGACCAAGAGUCUGGAGGAAUUCAUUAAUUGCAAACAGCUUAUCGAGUGGUUGAGAACAUCAAUGAAAAGUUUGAAAGAGCUAAAGGUGUUCGUUGAUUUGGCCAGUAUCUCAGCUGGAGAAGGUGAUUUGGAGGUUGCAAAAGUCAAAUUUCUACAUGCUGCAACAACAGGAUAUGCCCCGUUGAUUUUCAAUCUGGAUGACCAGUGUGAUUAUUCCAAGUUCUUGGAGAAGUGCCAACAUGUUUGGAAAGAGCUUAAAGCUGAUCCACACCUACCAACCAAACUUAGAGAUACGAGCAGACACCUGGAAUGGCUGAACAGCGUGAAAUCUGCCCAGGGGUCAGUGGAGGUCACAUCCAUGAAACAAGCAGAGGCCAUCAACUCUAUAGGAAUAUACAUGGUGGGAAAGAUUGAUCCAAACCUCCAGAUGGAGAAACCACGAAUAGAUGAUGUCCUGCAACUGCAUGUACAGAAAGAUGAGAAGGGGUCACGUCUUCCAAAAAAAUACCAGUAUAAAGAACUCCAGGAGCUUCAGAGUAAACUCAUGUUGGUGGCCGGCAAGGCAGAAAUGGGUAGAGAUGAUGUGGAGAGAUUCACCAUUGUGUUUGAUGCAGUAGUAAGACUUUGCAAUGUAUACAUCAAGCUUGUGUCAUCUGGUUGUAUUCUAUUCGCUAACUGGCAAGCUAAAUUUCUCUGUGAUCCGGAGAGAACAGUGUGUGCCUUUGUCAGAUUUGGUAGUGGGGAGGGAUGCACUCAGUUAAAGGGCAGAAGAAAUGAGGAGGAAGAUAUCAGCACUACAAUUCCAAGACUGGCCAAAUUCAUGGAGAUCUGCCUGAAGGAAUGGCUGAAGUACAUCGACCAGAAGAGGGAUGAGUACCACCACCUAAAUUUCUUCACUGUCGAUCAAAUGGUGAUUUUGCAGAGAGAACUGGUUUUAAUGGGUGGGGAGAUAGAGCCAUCGGAUUUCAUAUAUCCACUCUUAUCCAUCGUGAAACAUGACUGUACAAAGAUGGAAUUGAUUGGUGCUCUGAAAAAGGCUAAAGUUGAUGUAUCUCAAAGAGAGGCUGAACAAGAAGUAGAGAUGGCUGAAGAAGAAAAGGAUGAGGACAUUGAUUCUGAUGGCGAAAAUCAACUCCAGGCUACUGCUAUUACAAAAUUUAUCUCUGCGAUCACGGAUUCAGGAUACCCUGAGAGGUUGGCCAGAGAAGCUUUGAGGAAAGGCAUUGCACCAGAUGAAAUUGAUGAGGGUAUAGUGUGGUGCGUGGAGCAUGAGGACCAGGCAGAAAUGGAGGUAGAAGUGAGUGAGGGGCAGGCCGAGGGGCCAGGGGUUGAGGAUUAUGAGGGCUGGACUAAAUCUGAGGUGUCCAUCUCCACCAUGACUCAGGACAUUCUGUCUAGUCUCCAAUACAACAGAGACGCUGCUGCAGCAGACACCCUGAUCCCAGACCUGGAACAGCUGUGGGGGGAGUUCCUGUCCUCGAUAUCCUCCAGUGUGUCUGAUUAUCUCAGUGUGGAACAUCUAGGGAUCAUUUUGAAAAGACUCUCAGAAACUGAAAUAUUUACUGUGAACCGACCGUUCCUACCUUGUUUUGAGGAAGGUGUCCCAAAUCUGUUGCUUUGUCCACAAGAUGAGAUUUUGAACACAGUGCUGACAAUAUACAGCCAUGAUCCGGAUCAGCCACUUCCUCAGUCGGAUGAAAUCCUGAUGUGUACUCCACACACCACACUGGAUGAGGUGGAGAUAUUCUGGAGAAGGGCUGUCUUUGACACGACUGACAGAAUUCAUUGUCUUGUGAACGGAGAUCUUCUGGACUAUGAAGUCAGUGACAGAGGGGAGAGAAGGUUGGAACACCUCAUGCAGAAAGCGAAAGAAAAUGAUAUUCCCUAUAAGCUGGUGGUGGUGUGCAGCAUAGAGAGAGAAAACCACUCCAGAAUCGUGGCGGCCCUGGACAAAUACAGACGUCCCCCACUCCCUCUGAUGACGCAUGACAACAUGGUGAAAUACAUCAAGGACAAGCUCACCUUUGACAUCAAGAAACCAGCUGCAACGCCAGCUGCUGAGGCUGAUUUUGAACACUGCACAGUCAGGAUGGUGAAAUCAUGGAGGGCAGGAGUUGGCAAGACUCUGCACAAGAAAAGAUUGGCUGAAAAACUUCAAAGUCUCCACUCGGGUGUAGUCAGAAGGAAUAAAGCAGUGGUGUCGAUUCCACUACAUGAGAGGGAAAUCGACAUUGAUGACAUCAUGACUGUACUCCUGGAGAACACUUUGCAUCCUGGGAAAAUAGAGCCACGACUGUUCCACAUUGACCUAUCACAUGAAGUCCAGGAAGGAGUGGACUACCUGCUGUUCCAGUUACUGAUCUUGGGCUGCUUGACCAACAGUACUGGACAUGUAUGGAGGAAGUUGCCCUAUGACCUGUACAUCGUGGAGACCAUGCCACUACUGGCCAGGGACUUCCAGGAACAGAGAGGCUUUAUAAAAUGCAUGCAUAGAUGCCUGGACAUUCUGCCUGAUGUGACUUGUAGAUCUCCUCAAGAAAGUCUGAAAAAAUAUCAAGGAAAUGCCCCAGAUAUUGGACAGAAUGAUUUGCUGUUUGACAACAAGGAGUUUCGAAGCAACGUUUUCCAGAGACCUUUUCAGUAUUUAUAUAGACUGGACAUGAACCGAGGUCUGGGGGACGUGGACAUGAGGAGGACAGAGGGGAACCCCCAGACCUGUCUACACACACUGCUUAGACACUGUGGUAUCAAGGACCCCUCCUGGGCAGAACUCCGACAUUUUGUGUGGUUUCUGAACACACAGCUGGUGGACUUUGAGAACUCAGCCUUUGUCAGUCUGGCAGCAGCAGAGGACCUGCCAGGAUUUUCUCAGUUUGUCUUAAGAUUUCUGAUCCAGAUGUCCCGGGACUUUGCGACACGUUCUCUGGACAUGAGUGAGGAGUCUCCCAUACAGAUGUUACAGAGGAUGGACAUUGAGGAGGAGGAGGAGGAGGGGAAUGAUGAAGAGGUCCUCCGUCAGUUCCAGCUCAGGAGGACCUGGGAGAGCAGUCCCCAUCCCUACCUGUUCUUUAACCCUGACCACCAUUCCAUGACGUUCCUGGGGUUUAACAUUGAGAGACAAUCCGGUAACCUGAUUGAUGUACAGACCAGAAGAGUGUUAGAAACAGGGAUAAUGCAGAGAAACCUGCAGGACGCCCUCAUCAGGAACAGGGUCCCCAUAAACGAAAACUUUGACAGCUUGCCAAGAGAUCAGAAGUUGUUUAAGUUGUGCAGUGUAAUGGGGUUGGAAGACGUAUUUGACCCUGACCCGACCUAUGAACUCACCACAGACAAUGUCAAAAAGAUACUGGCAAUCUACAUGCGCUUCAGAUGUGACAUUCCAGUGAUUAUAAUGGGGGAGACAGGCUGUGGGAAGACCCGCCUCAUCAAAUUCAUGUGUCAACUUCAGUGUCCUAUUGGAGUGGAAGUGCAGAACAUGAUUCUGAUGAAGGUACAUGGAGGAACUCGUCGCUGUGAUAUAAAAAAGAAAGUAGAGGAGGCAGAAAGAGUAGCCCAGGAGAACACUGCUAAUUAUGGACAGAGACUGUACACUGUGCUGUUCUUUGAUGAAGCUAACACCACAGAGGCUAUAGGACUGAUUAAGGAGAUCAUGUGUGACCGAUCAAUGGAGGGGGAACCACUGAGACUGUGUCAGACUCUCAAAAUCGUAGCCGCCUGUAAUCCGUACAGGAAGCAUUCAGAGGACUUGAUUAAAAGACUAGAGCAGGCUGGACUAGGUUAUCAUGUGGAAGCUGAUAAAACCUGUGACAGAAUGGGUCGAGUUCCCAUGAGGAGACUUGUGUAUAGAGUCCAGCCCCUCCCCCAAAGCAUGCUCCCCCUGGUCUGGGACUUUGGACAGCUGGACACUAAUGUAGAGGAAAUGUACAUCAAACAGAUGGUUCUCAGAUAUAUUCGAGGAGGAAAACUGCCAAAUGAACCAAACUUAGAAACAACAGUCAGCCACAUUCUCACAGCUGCUCAGGAAUUUAUGAGAAGACAACAGGACGAGUGUAGCUUUGUCAGUCUUCGGGAUGUGGAGCGAGUCCUAGAGGUGAUGAGCUGGUUCUAUACACAGAGUCAGGGAGGUCUGUUUGAUCUGAUGGAGGAGGAAGAGGAGACAGAUUCUGAUGAGGAGUUGGAACUAGAGGACAUGGAGGAAGAGGUUGUGCGACAACAUCAGGCUGUGAGUGAUUUAACAAAGGCCCUUGUCCUCGCCCUGGGAGUCUGCUACCACGCCUGUUUGAAAAAACGAGAAGAAUUCCGAGAGGAGAUGGUCAGACAGUUUAGGCCUCCUUGUGUUUUACCAAAAGGAGCAGAUCAGAUGUUAAACAUCAUUACAAGUUGCCAGAAUGUCUUCCUUGAGAUUGAUAACAUUGGAGCCAACAUUGCGAAGAACCAGGCUCUGAGGGAGAACGUGUUUAUGAUGGUGAUCUGUAUAGAACUGCGAAUUCCCCUCUUUCUGGUGGGUAAACCGGGCAGCUCCAAGUCCCUGGCAAAAACCAUUGUAGCCGACGCCAUGCAGGGCAAUGCUGCACACACAGAAAUCUACAGGAACUACAAACAGGUCCAGAUGGUGUCUUUCCAAUGCAGUCCAUUGUCCGUCCCAGAGGGCAUUAUGGGAACGUUCCGUCAGUGUGCUAUGUACCAAAAGGACAAAGAUCUCAACCGAUUUGUGUCUGUCGUAGUUCUGGAUGAAGUGGGAUUAGCUGAGGAUUCUCCAAGGAUGCCCCUGAAGACUUUGCACCCUCUACUAGAGGACGGUUGUCAAGGAGAUGAAAAGCCAGAGGAGCAUAAGAAGGUAGCAUUCAUUGGAAUAUCUAAUUGGGCUUUAGAUCCAGCCAAGAUGAAUCGAGGAAUCCUUGUGCAGAGAGAGGUUCCUGACCGUGAGGAACUUGAAGAAAGUGCAGAAGGAAUAUGCUCUGGAAACAAGAGAAUAAAGAAAAUGAUAAAGCCUCUAAUAAAACCUCUAGCAGAGUCCUACCUACAAGUGUUUGAUUCUGUUAUUGCCAAGCGGGAGUUCUUUGGACUGAGAGAUUUUUACAGCUUGAUCAAAAUGGUGUACAGUUUUGCUGAGAAGAACAACAAAAAACCCACCUGGCUGAUGCUACAACACUGUAUCAAGAGAAACUUUGGGGGAUUUAAGCACUCCGAAGACCAGGAUCCUCUGUCGGUGUUCUCAGAAAAACUCACAACUGUAGAGAAAAUUUCUAAGCCCGGUCCCGAUGAUCCAGAUUGUAGUUCAGCAGGUCUGAUUGAGGCUUGUCUGAAGGGGGACGACGUGGACAGUGACACUCGAUACCUACUACUACUGACGGAGAAUUAUGGAGCUCUGUCAGUAUUACAACAGAAAAUCCUAACCAUGAAGAACGCCAUCACUAUAUUUGGUAGCAGCUUCCCCAGUGAUCAAGAAUACACACAGGUGUGUAGAAAUAUCAACCGCAUCAAGGUUUGCAUGGAGACUGGGAACACUGUGGUUCUGUUGAAUCUGGAAAAUCUCUAUGAGAGUCUGUAUGAUGCCCUCAAUCAGUAUUAUGUGUACUUUGGAGGAGAAAGAUAUGUAGAUCUUGGACUGGGAACACAUCGUGUCAAAUGUCGAGUUCACAAAAAAUUCAGACUAAUAGUUGUAGCAGAGAAAGAGAUUGUUUACAGCAAGUUCCCGAUCCCUCUAAUCAACAGACUGGAGAAACAUUUCCUCAACAUCUCCACCAUGUUGUCUCCAGCUCAAGUCACACUCGCUCAAAAACUGGAGGACUGGGCACAACAGUGUGUCAAGAUAUCAGGACCAUUCUACAGAAACACAAGCAGGGAGAAGACAGAGUACAAAAUAGGAGAUGUAUUUAUGGGAUUCCAUGCUGAUACUUGUGCUUCCAUAAUCCUCCAUGUCUGUCAAAAGUACAGCGACGAUGACUUGGAGAGCAUUGAGAAUGAGGUGAUUCAGCAUGCCAAGGAAAUUCUGUUGUGGUGUGCCACCCCUGACGGUGUGCUGAGGGCCAAAAAUAGACUGCGGGAUUUCGAGUUUGUAGAGAACAUUUACUAUGAACAACAGAAGCAUGAUAAUUUGCUGUUUUACCUGGAUCAGAAGAUCGGAAUGGAAGACAGUGAUGGACUUUAUGCUCAGGUGACCACCAGCUCUAAGCUGAUCACUACAGCUGACAUCGCAGACCUGUCCCAGUAUCUACACAUUCCCAGACCACAGAUCAGUCUUCUGACUCUCCAGUCAUUCGACACGGAACAACAGUUCUGUAGACAAGUCAAACAAAGCUUUGAGAGGGACUUGGAGGCAGAAUCUCUGCUGAUUGUUCAGUGUGACAGUGGGAAUGAGAAUGCCAGUCUAGUGGCUUGUGCUCAGUACUGUGUGUUGGAUCAACUACAGCAGAUGGAAGACAAGAAGAUAGGAAAAACACACAUUGUGUUCAUCAUCCAUCUCCCCAGGAUGGUUGGCGGAAGAUUUACUGGGUUUCAGUGUGGGAAGUGGCAUUCUGUUCACAUCGAUGACCUCCGACCCGACGAUGAUAAAAUGCCUAGUUUCAUUGAAAUGAAAAAUAAGAGUGUUGGAACUUUACUUGAAAAUGCUGCUGGUUCUAUGAGGCCGGGAGACACUGAAGAUAUGGAGUGGGAAGAAAAGGCGAAACAAGAGGAAGAGCCCAGUGAAGCGGAAAUGAUGGAGGACCAGGAUGUCUAUCCACAUGACUUUGGCAACAUGAUGGAGCACACUGGACAGGUCCAUGUGGAGAAGAAGGUGGAUAUUCCAUUCUUUAUCAAGCUGACGGCACGUCCGGCUCUGGGAAUGGUCAAAGAUCCGGAGGGCGACUCUGCCAGGACGACAGAAAGAGUGAAGAUUCUGUUGGAGCUUCUACAUCAUGAAACAAAAGAGAAAUUAACAUUUAUGAAUGGAGUAGGGCGUCACCUGGCGGCUCUGAUGAAGGAGAAAGAGGAGACUAUGGGGCAGUCAGCAGAGGGCUGGUUGUAUGCUGAGGCCACAAACAGGGACUGUAUCAACAGAGCGGGAACAUUCAGAAAAGCCCGAAAUCAGUGCAUCAUUGAGAAGUUGUCCCCAAUUUUGGCUGGCAUCAUUGCGGAAGUGGACACUAACAGUAACCUUGACCUUCUGAUUCAGACAGACCCAAAUUCCUGGAAGCAUAAAGUUUGGCUUGAGAUCAUCAAUGACCCAUCUGCCACAGGGAUAGAGUAUUCAAUGAUAGUGUCCCCCAAAAAACAACAAGAGCUACCAGAGGUAGUGGUUAAGGGGACAGGCUGUGAGGGAGUAAAAUUCAGGGCUCGGAUGCCAUUCUCCUGGUUGAUUUACAAACUUAUAGACCGAGUCAUCAGAACAUCACAAGAUGUUGAUAAACAUGAAGUUAUCCAAGAAUUGGUCACGAGGGUAGCCGGUAUUAUAGAGAAUGCAGCUCUCGGAAAGGUACUUCAGAAGUGUCUAUCUGAGGUCAAGGCCACAGAAUGUGUUGAGGCCUACCUCAGUGAUUUUGUUCACAUGGUGUAUCAUGUGACCAGUGUGGAGGAACAUCAGAUGGUGUGUCAAAAUUUGCUGAAUGGAAUGAACAUGGAUUUCCGCGAGGGAUUACGAAGUGUUGUCCAGAACUUUGUAGCAAUUCAUGCAGUGUAUAAUAAAUCGGUACCCCGCCUGAGAAACUUUGCCAGCAUUACGCGAGUGUGGCAUGAGUGCAGCGCCAAAAUCAUAGAGUUCCAGCAGAAAAGUGCUCAGUUCUACCUUGUGACAGAUGAGGAACUUACUUUGGAUAUCCUGGGACUUCAUCUGUUGCUGAAGUCUUUGGAGCCUGCUAAGGAUUCUCUUAAUGACCAGAGGGGUAGACAACACUGGCAGAGACAGGUACACAAGUACCGACCUGUGGUGGAGAGGAUUCUGGGUCAGUUUGUUCAGGAGGUGGAUCCGUCAGGGGUGGAGGAGUUUGGGAGAAGGUGUAUGGAGGGAAUUAAGGAGGCUAGGUGUCAAUGGACCAGAGUAAUAGCGAUGAAGUUGUUCCUUCAGCAUGUGUGCGCUGAUGAUGUACAGCCAGUGGAACGAUGCAUGGCUCUCUGGGUGAUGCUGAAAGAUAAUGACUUCAAGGACAUAGAAUCUUUGAAAAAAGUGGAACAAUUCCUGAAAAUCAUCAUGAAAAAAGCUGUGACUACUGCAUUUGGUCGUCAGGAAAAGUGUAGAGCCUGUGAAAGUGAGAUCACAGAGAGACCCAUACAGCUGCCGUGUAAAGAUGUCAUCUGCAUCAAAUGUUACAACGACAUGAAGAUCCUGGGGGGUGGGGAGGGAGGCGAGUGCCCCGUCUGCCAUGACAACAUUCCUGACAAAUUUGAUCCCCAACAAGACAGCACACAAAACAUUAAAAUCCAAAAGCUGGCAAUGUUCAAAAGACAUUGUAACAGCUUCUUCAUGGACCUAGUGUCUCAGCUGUGCUUCUCGGACGAUGUGCCACCGUCUAGACAAGUGGUAGAGAAGCUUAUGUCGUACAUCACCGCCACUGCCCGGCGAGGACACGGGGGCAGAAUGGCCAGUAAGGAGAUGUCGGUGUUUGAGGAAGGCAUUGAUCCUACACCAGUCCUACGAUCCUUCCUGCUUCAGCACCUUCUGAGGACUAGCUCUGAAGAAGUACGACACUGUCUGGAAAUGUAUUUGAAGAAAGUAGAGGAAUUAAUGUCCCUUAAUGAAAAUGAGGAGAAGAUGGUAGAACUUUGUCUUCUGGUCAUUCAGUGUCUGGAGGACUCAUUUCAUCAAGAAGUAACAAAGAAUGCAGACUCGGGGAAAUAUAAAAUCAAGAUGGCUACCCAGAUGCUUCAGCAGAAUGUCAUGCUGGUGAUGAGAGAGGGUUUGGAUGUGGAGAAGUUGCACUGUAUGGCUGAGACCAGGUUUGGGCUGAUUGUUGUAGCAGAGGUACUCCACAAGUUAUUGGUGGAAAAGUCAAUAAAGGCGACCCAGAAUAUUAGAAGACUUUUGGAGGUUGCUGGAAAGUUGUGUGACGAAUGUGGGUCAAAGCAGCCAAAAUUGUUCCUCAUAAAACACCUUUGUCGAUGUUUUGGGUUGGAGACCUAUCAGAAGAUUUGUAAGACUGGUGACGCUUCCAUGGUUCGCUGGCUAAGUGUACCAGAUCUACAGAAAAAUGAGAUUGUUGAGUGCAGUGACCGGUUUAUUGUAUGUGGGGACCACUACAAGGCAGUGAGGGAGAAGCUGACCCAGGCAGUACUGGCACAGAACAUGGACACUUUCAAUACUGCUAUAGAGGCUGUCAAGGUACCAGAUUACCAGAAGAGAAUGCUGGUCCUCCUGGCUGUGUUAAGGGAGAUAACUUUGUCCUGUCUGUACCCAGAAAGUAGGAGAAGAGUUACUCCAGCGGCUGUUGAACUUCUUCAUCAGUUUUUGGCACAACAUCCCAUGUUUGCAAAUCAGGUUGAUCUGCCAAGAGCACUUUGUACAAACAACCUCUGGAGGAGGAACCCCCAGCUUACCGUCCAGGAGGGUAUGGGCCUUGGUCAUCAGAACACACUGUGUAUGUUGAACCACUUCUUCAUCACUCUGUUACAGAUCCCUAAUGAGAGGACACUGUUAGAACCCCUCAACAGACUGGUUCAACAGCCACAAGACAUGCAGAGAGCCUUCCUGCCCACUAUGCCACAAGAUGAUGUUGCCGAGAUCAAAGAAGCCUUGUUGGCAGCCAGACAAGGCGGUGAUGAAAAUCCUGUUUUCUAUCGUUGCCCAAAUGGUCAUCCCUACAUAAUUGGCAAUUGUGGUAGACCAGCCACUGUUGGUAGGUGUAAGGACUGUGGCCAAGAAAUCGGCGGUCAGUCUUACCAACUGCGAGCUGGCAACAUACUAGACCAAGGGUUGGAUCAGACAGCCACUGGUCACAUUCUGGGUCGCGCUGAGGGGAGACAAGCAGUAGCCAGUCCUGAGAGAAGUCUGUCUCCUAUUGAGUGUGCUGUAACCAGACUGUUCACUCACAUGGCCAUGUAUCUGGGAGCCUGUGUUAAUCUUCAGGCUAUACAGAGUGUAAUAAAACCAGACCUGCAGGAUGACAAUGUAUUACCGUUUCUGUGGGCACACAUAGAAAAAGAUCUGACCACCGUACAGAAAGCCAUAGGCAGAAGUGUGGAUGAUGUCUACAUCCUGAUGCACAAAAUCUGUAACGACAUCAUGGUCAAACACAGAAAUGUUCAAAUGAAUCAAGAUGUUUGUGUGUUGGCCAGUAAAAACAGCAGAGGGAAAUGGGAAGAGGACUUUAUGAAGUUGUACCUGUCACCAGUUCUUCAGGAUAUGGACAAUUAUCUGAAAUCUCUGAAUAAACAGCUUGCUAAUGACAAGAGGCUUGGCUCAGACCCACUUCUAUGCUUGCUGUUUGAGAUUGAUGUUCCAUCUGAGGAUUCCUCAUCAAACGCCCUCCACAAUGUUCCCGCGGUGUGGCGCUACCGGUCCCAGAUAACCAUGGAUCACCUCUUACACACCGUACAGGUCCAGGGACAGACCCACCAUGUCCUCCACAUGUUCUUACAGGAGGAGCACCAGCUGAGGGCAAUUCGUCUGGUACCAAACAUUCUGAAGCUUCAGAGAAUGCUGAUUCAGCGAUUCCAGAGAAAACUGGACAGAGCCGAGGCUACUGCAGUAACAAUCGAGGACAUGAUACAGGGAUACGGAAACGAGGGUAAAUCUGAGGAGAUGAGAAGUUUAGUGGCGGACUUUUCGGAGGCCUGGCAGUGUGUGCGACAACAGCUCCUGACAUUCACCAUUCCCACUCUGGAAGGCUUGACUAAGGUCCCCAAGGAGUACUGUCAGAAGCCCAUCACGGAGGACCACCCUGUGUCCGUACUACUGCCCACCUUCAGGGAUGCUGGACUCUGUUCAUACGGUCUCCUGUACUACCUACUGAAGAAACAAAACAACUUCCUACAGGAGUACUGCAAAAAGAAAAAAGCACAAUAUACCCAGCUGCCCAAGGUACAUGUGACUGAUGUGACCACUGCCCACCUGAUCAGCUAUCACCCUGACAGAGACAUCCUCCCAAUGGUCAUGGCAAACUGUCAUUACACCUUCGAAGUCGGCAAGGGAACCAAAAUAGACUACAGCUUUGGCGACCUAGAGCGCCAGCUGAUGGACCGAUUCCUGUUUUCCAAGUCAGUGAUAGAAAUGCCUGUAUACGAGUUUGAAAUGAUGACCUACAGAUCAGAGACAACGAAUGCUGUUGUGUUCAUGGACCUCAGGCAGAAAAUCAAACAGGAACCUUUGACCCUUGCUGUAGCCAAUCAGAUCAGUGAAGAGAUCCGGGCUUACCCUGACCUGUGUGAGACCCUGGACAAGCUGGACAUCACCAUAAGUUUCCUUAAAUCUGUUGGGGGUGAAGGCAACAUGUCCCUGGAGAAGUUCAUGACCCAGACACUCAAAAUGGAGAACCCCUUCCCCAGCCAAAAGGCAAGAUCUUCCUGUGUGUGUAAGCAUGCCCAGUCACUGUGGAUCACAUUGGCAAUGGAGAAAACCAAAAGACAGGCAUCACAUAAAGAGGAUGCAUUUGAGGGUUUGGCCGGUGAAUAUAGGGAGGAGUUGGUUCCUAACCAGCGAGAACUAAUUCCAUCGUUCUGUGAGGAGAUUCCUCUGGAGAGACUCGGCCUCCUGCUGGAGAUGUUGUUUGAGUGCAUCAUGUUGACGAUCACGGUACCCAGAGGAACAGAUGAUGAUGAUGUAGACAUGACCAAAGUAGGAUUACGAGACACCCUGAUUGGAUACAUUACAGCUCGUCAUUAUGACCUUGACCUAAAUUACCCAGGAUGGAUGUCUGAACUUGUGGAAAAAAUUCCUAAUGAAGGUGAAAACUUUACCAAAAUUUUAAACAGCCAAGCUGUCGAUGUAUGGCUGUGUUUGUAUGCCAUCUACACCCAGAAACUAAGUGAACGAAGAUAAUUAUAUUGUCAUCUACACCCGGAAACAAAGUGAACAAAGAUAAUUACAUUGUAUGUCAUCAGACAGAAGUGAUAGUGGACAAAGAUAAUUACAUUGUCAUCUACACCCAGAAACAAAGUGAAUGAAGAUAAUAAUGUUGUUGGACAGAAUGAAGAUAUCCGAGUAUGCAAACAGAAGAGAAAGUGACAGAACAUAAUUUUAGAUUUGUUAAUACAGGUACCAUGUAAUUGUAAAACUUGAGAAUGUAAAACGUGCUUAUCAGUAAUUCAAAAUCUUCGUGAAAUAGGUGCAAAUAAUUAAUUUUAUAAACCGCUGAUGGGUAGAAGCAAUUGGGGACCAAACUUAGUUUUUUAACAUUACAAUUGUGCCAAUAUUUGUCAUUUGACUAGGUUUUUUUCUUCUUCCAUAUUUCUCAUCAGGUUUAUUUCCUUUUAUAUAUGCCAUUAUGCUGAAAAUAUUUUUUUUUUCCUUUUCAUAUGACCAUCUUGACUGGUCACAUAAUAGUGUCUUUUCCGUUGACAUUUUUUACAUGGUUUUUCUGUAUUCUUGUGCAUAUUCAUGUAUCGUUUUCUGCUUUGCAGUCUGUUGAAAUUGUUUUCAUACUACAUGAUGUUAUUAGUAUAUACAUAGCCAUGCUGUUGAUAAUCUGAUUAGAUGAAGAAUCAAAGGAUUUUGUUUGUAAUAUUUUAAAAAGGGCUAAAUUAGGUCCUUUUGUAUAGAUCUUUGUUGCUGUUCAAUAGAUCAUAUUUCAAUGUAUGAGAAAUGUCUCUGUAUUAAAGUUCAAGUACAAGUCCGUAAGAAUCGGGCAAAGGCAUAAUCAUCAUGAUGCAUAAGAAAAAAAGUCAGCCAGAUCAGCACCAGUUUCUCUUAUUAUAGCAUGAAUUAUAUUGAAUGUAUACACUCACAUUUUUACAGGCAUAUAUUCAAACAAUAAAAAGAUACUGACUGAUUAUAGUGCCUAUGAAAAAUUAACUAAUUUAAAACAUCUCUUUCUGGAAUGGUAUUCAAUCAACAUGAUGUAAACUAAAGAGAUGGGGCAUUCCAAUUUAAUUCACUACUGGUGGUAAUAAAUUUCAUUCUUUCAAAUUCCUGCUGGUGUAAACAAUGUACAAAUGGCAGACUGAAUGUAAUCUUGUCUGCAUGUGCCUUAUGCUUUAUAUUUGGUAAUUAUUGGCAUGCAUUAUUUGCUCUCUUAAAACAUAUUUAUAUUAAACAUGGUCGUUAUGAACAAUGCACCAUAACUUUUUUUGUCUUUUGAUGUUGAAUACAGUGUGUAUGUAGUUGCAAAGCAAUUGUGUGCAAUAAAAUUGUUUUUCAAAUUUGGA